UGAAUCUCUACGUUUUCUCUCUCAUCAUUGUCACGAGACGUUCAUCACGCGCACACAAAUCGUUGUGCAAAUUGAUUCUCUCUCCGGAAUUGGUGGAUUUGGAUUGAAAUCUCACUUUUAGGCAGAAAUGAAACUGGGUCUCGUUGUAUACAGAGAUUCAAUUUGUAAUCAGCCGUGAAGUGCUCGGAUCCAACUGGUGGUUACUUCACUUGUGUCGGCAUCUGGCUUUAAUAUAGGAUUUGGAAGGAUUGAUGUCACCUGACUACCAGAAUAUGGGACCUAAAUGAAGGAAUUAUGUUAGUAAAUGGAGCUGCUAUUUGAAUAUGGAGCUAAGAAGGUCGUUUUGAAAUAAGCAGUGAUAAAUUGGUAAUGUGAUUCAUUUAUAGAUGGAUACAGAAGAGACACGAGAUGAAUUAGGGACUUCAGAGCAUGGGCCUUCUAGUAAUACAUGGUGGCCUUCAGAGUUCGUUGAUAAAUUUGGGUCUGUUUCGUUGGACUCAAAGAAAGAAACUCUAAAUCAUAGAAGAUCUAUGAGCAGCAGUACAUAUGACAGGUUUCUAUCUCAAUCUCAAUCAGCAUCACAAAUCCUCUGGAGCACUGGAGUGCUUUCUGAACCUAUUCCAAAUGGUUUCUACUCAGUCAUUCAUGAUAAGAGGCUCAAGGACCUUUUUGAUGAUAUUCCCACCUUGGAGGAGCUUCAUGAUUUGGAGCUUGAGGGUGUGAAAGCCGAUAUAAUACUUGUUGAUGCCCAAAAAGAUAAGAAGCUUUCCAUGCUAAAGCAACUCAUUGCCACACUAGUGAAAGGUUUGAACUCAAAUCCUGCGGCAAUUAUCAAAAAGAUUGCUGGAUUGGUCUCAGAUUUCUAUAAGCGGCCACAGUUUGAUAGCCCAAUUAAAGCUACAGUCGAGGAUGUUUCUCAUGUUCCUGGCAGUCGAGGUGCUCAGUUGCUGGGGCAUAUUAAAAAUGGUUCAUGCCGUCCUCGAGCAAUACUGUUUAAAGUCCUUGCUGAUACUGUAGGUUUCGAAAGUAGACUGGUAGUGGGGUUACCUAAUGAAGGAGUUGGUGAGUGUGUUGAUUCAUAUAAGCAUAUGUCUGUAGUAGUUGUUUUGAAUUCUGUAGAACUACUGGUUGAUCUUAUGCGAUUUCCGGGUCAACUCAUACCCCGAUCAACGAAGGCGAUUUUUAUGACCCAUAUUUCUGGAGCGGGAGAAAGUGAUUCUGCUGAAAAUGACUCAUGUGAUUCACCGUUAGAACCAAACAGCCCUUUAUAUGGUUUUUCAGAGAGGAUGGACAAUGAGAGUUCUGAGAAAGAUGACAAUCUACUUUACCAGAGGAGACUGGAGUCAUCUUUGAAUGCGCCUGGACCUUCAUUGAGGAAUAAAAUGAUGCGUUCUUCAUCUUCCAUUGAUGGAAAAUGGAGUUUAUCUCAUAGUGAACCAGAUAUUGCUGCUACGUUUUGGCGAAGAAGCCGGAGGAAGGUGAUUAGUGAACCAAGGACUGCAAGUUCAAGUCCAGAGCAUCCUUCCUUUCGAGCUCGCGGCCGGUCUAUGCUUAGUGGUGAUAGGAGAUCAUUUAGAGACUAUCCCGAUGACGUUGGUCCUUCAAGGUCAGAAGGCACAUCAACAUCCGAACAUCGUAGAAAUCGAAGAAGAAGUAUUAGUAUUACUCCAGAAAUCGGUGAUGACAUCGUAAGGGCUGUACGAGCAAUGAAUGAAACAUUAAAGCAGAAUCGAUUAUCGAGAGAACAGGUGGAUAGUAGGUUGCAGAGUGCAGACGUCAAGAAAGAUGAGUCUGAUUUUCGCACCGAACAGCAUGAUGGAAGAUCUUUAUAUUCUCUUCAGAGGGAGCAUGUGACUUCUCAAAAGGCAAUGUCAUUACCUUCAUCUCCUCAUGAAUUCAGACAUCCAGCUUCUGGUAGACCUGGUAUUUCAGAUGGGAUGGUUCCUGAUGAAACAGUCUCAACAUGGAACAAAAUUCUGGAUUCACCCAUGUUCCAAAAUAAGCCUCUCCUGCCUUAUCAAGAAUGGAACAUUGACUUCUCAGAACUUACUGUUGGCACUCGAGUCGGAAUUGGAUUCUUUGGGGAAGUUUUUCGUGGCAUUUGGAACGGGACAGAGGUAGCAAUAAAAGUUUUUCUGGAACAAGAUCUAACCGCUGAGAACAUGGAAGAUUUCUGCAAUGAAAUAUCCAUCCUCAGUCGCCUCCGACAUCCAAAUGUUAUACUGUUUCUUGGUGCCUGCACAAGGCCUCCACGCUUAUCGAUGAUUACCGAGUAUAUGGAGAUGGGAUCAUUGUAUUACUUGAUCCACUUAAGUGGUCAGAAGAAGAAACUCAGCUGGCGAAGAAGACUAAAAAUGCUUCGUGAUAUCUGCAGGGGGUUGAUGUGUAUUCACCGGAUGAAGAUAGCUCAUCGUGAUAUAAAAAGUGCAAACUGUCUCGUGAAUAAGCAUUGGACCAUAAAGAUAUGUGAUUUCGGGCUGUCGAGAAUGAUGACAGAAUCGCCUAUGAAAGAUACUUCAUCCGCAGGAACCCCUGAAUGGAUGGCUCCAGAACUUAUCCGAAACGAACCUUUUACUGAGAAAUGUGAUAUUUUCAGCCUUGGAGUCAUAAUGUGGGAGUUGUGCACUCUGAAUAGGCCAUGGGAAGGUUUGCCACCUGAGCGGGUCGUGUAUUCUGUUGCAAAUGAAGGUUCACGGUUGGAGAUCCCCGAAGGCCCACUCGGCAGGCUAAUUGCUGAUUGCUGGGCAGAACCGCACGAGCGACCAAGCUGCGAGGACAUCCUGACUCGCUUACUGGACUGCGAAUACUCCCUUUGUUGAUCACCAUAACUACUACUUCUAUUCUAUAAUAUAAUAGAUUGGAAAACUGAACAAAAAGACUUAGUAGAGGUGCUACAAUAUGUUUUUCGGCUCAACUUUCUGACUUGUGUAUAAAAUCCAGUUAUUACUAUUAGAACUGGCUACAACAAAUCCCAUUAUUCAAAGACAUCCCGCUCAUUUUGUGAAA